AUGCCAGGCAAGGACGCGCCUCCAGCUGAGAACAGCAACCCGUCGAUCCCGGCGUCACCGGAGCGGGAGCGGGACAAGUGGGACAUCUCUCGCAUCAGCAAACACUGGGCAAUCGACCCGGAGCUGCGGCGGAGUCUCCCGGCGCUCGCUCGCGCCAAACGAUCCGAGAACGAGUCAGCUAGCAACAAGUUCCUGCGUCUGAGCAAGCUUCCACUGCCUGCGUCGCCUCAAUCCGAUUCUCUAUUGCUGAACUUGGCAACUCCAAUUCGCGGUGGCCGCAGCGUCUCGCAACGGGCCGUCACCGUCAACGCUGAGACCAAGGCCAAGUACUUCGGCAAAGCUGCGAAGACCGACUGCUACGCCAUUUUCCGGCAACUCGCAACGCAGAAAUACUUCUCGGUCGAGCCUCUGAGCGAGUUUCUGGCGGAACAGGAGAUAAAUAGGCCCCUGCACGGCGCGCGGGACGAAGACAACAAUCCGGCCGUGCCCAGUUUGUCCACUGAGGGUAUCAACAACGGUGAUAGCUCCCACAGGCAGCAUAUAGGCAGCUCGCUGUCGCAUUCGAGUCAACGAAAUGGAGUCGGCAGUGUGUUGAGCGGCGAUCCGUUCACUGCGCGGCACAAAUUUUCCUCGUUGUGUCUCGAGCGCGACCUGCCACCGUGCAUCCGACUCGUCAUACGCCAGUACUUCUCUCCAGAAAUCAACGUCUCGCACAUGGCCAUAGGCGACGAUCUCGCGUGCGUAUUCGCUGCCUGUUUGUUGGAUUUGCCCAUGGUUACAGGCCUAAACGCGCGCAACAAUCGCCUCCGGGACCGAGGACUGCAAGCUCUCGUGGAUGUGGUCGUGACCAAGUCGGAUCUGUAUCAUCUCGAUCUAUCGGAAAACAAAGUGGACAGCCAUGCUGCCCACGCACUUGCAUCGUAUUUGGGGUCGUCGUCCUGUAGACUACAGACCCUUCGCCUUGCCAGCGCUGAUGUAGAUGACGACGAGCUUGUCCCCUUCGCGCGAGCGCUACACUCCAACAAAUCUCUUCAAACGCUGGACGUGUCACGAAACUCUGUGGGUAGCAGCGAGCAUUUGAACGUUGUUCGACCCUCAGUCACCACGGGCGGCGAGGCUCUAGCCACAAUGCUCAGCAUCAACAGUACGCUCACGUCUCUCGAUCUGUCGUGGAAUUACCUGCGACUUGCAGGUGCUGUGGAUAUCGGGAAGGCGCUGGCCUACAACUCGGGGCUACGCGAGUUGAACCUGGCGUAUAACGCAUUCGGCAACGCAGGAGCGCAGGCUGUAGGCGACGCGCUUCUAUCAAACACCACGUUACAGCGCCUGAACAUGAGUCACAACAAUAUCCCGGCUCAAGGAGCGCUUGCGAUCGCGAGCGCGCUCAAGAUCAAUAUCGCUCUACCGCUCACAGAACUGAUGUUCGGUGGUAACCCGCUCGGUAGUAUGGGCGGCCGAGCGUUAAUACACGCUGCUGCCGCGUGUGCAGACAAGAAGAAGCUGUCGGUGUCCCUCGAAGGGUGUAACUUUGACGCGUCCGGAGACGGUGACGGGUCCUUCGACCCAGCAGAUCCCACCGGAAGCUACGACCUGAACAUGGAGAUUCCGUACGAGCGCGCUGUUGCGCUGGAGCUGCUACGCGUUGCGAAUACGAAGCAGGGCUGCAAGUUCCUGUCUAUCGUCCACACUUCAUCGAUCAACAAGCAGCGCCGCAACAUCCGCGUUGAGCUGCGAGAGACUCAAGAGGGUCUCGAAGCGAGACGAAAGUUGCUUAAAACCGCUGGCAUUUUGACCGAUGUGCAAGCCCCCAGUGCUCGUGAAUUGAUAUCACGGCGACUGGACCGAGCGUCACUUAAAGAGCUCUUCCAUGAGCUAGACAAGGACAACUCGGGGUUUAUCGAUGAGAGGGAACUUCGCGUUGGCAUGCGAAAGCUGGGGCUGCAGUUCCGCGACGACGAUGUACCGCGCUAUGUUGCGCUGUACGAUUUGGAUGGUACUGGUACGAUUGAGAUCGACGAGUUUGUGGAGCUAAUGGAGAGCUUCAACCUGGACGAAAUUGACGGUGGCUUCUCGCGCGAGUGCGUAGAUGUGGAGACUAAUCUACCAUUCGAGAUUCCUGCUGAGGGUCGAUUGCAGCUCGAUUUCGUAGAUCUGCACGUGUCGUUGGGUAACGAUAGCGCUCAGUCAGACGCAAGUGUGGAGCGCCUCAUUGAGAACAUAUCGUCGAGUAAGAACAAGACCCAAAUGUUGUUUAUGGCCAAGACUGGUCUCGUGUUCAAAGCCCACGAGGCUCAGCUGCUCCUCGAAGCAGUACGCGACGUGUGCGAUCCCUCCCAGGCCGUUAUGGCGCUACUACCUCAUAUGGUGGACCCUCGCAAUGCGUACACUCUGAUGGAGCACAACCUCAGCUCCUCUGAUCGACUGCGCGUACAGCAUCUUAUGGGUCAGGCGCUUCAGCCCAUGCUCGGUCUGGCUUCGGGACACUAUCGUAUUGAUCUGAGCAACGAUAUGGACCGGAUAACACUACGCAAGCUCGUGGAGAACAGUAAUCGGACUGCGUUCCUACGCAAGAAAGGAGGCAUGAAGGACACGAGCCAGCACAUCAACUACCACGGCUUCCGAAACGAAGUGCUUCAUGGUAAAUCCUUCGUUCUGGAGCCCAAAUUCCUGGAUACCGCGCCAAAAUUCGGCUACUUGGAGCUCGACUACGUUCAGAUCGGACGCGCGCCAGGCCACCCACUCUCGACCAAGCGCUUCGAGCAAAUGCUUCAGCUGUGUCAGCUCGAUCGCAUGGGCCCAGGAAUGGGGAAAACAUUCGACGAGUACGAAAAGAUGCACACACUGAGGAACUACAUUGAGUACGGAGCCGGCUUAACUCGGUCCAUUGAACUAACGCCUCUACCUGGCGAGGAUGCCACUCCCCGCGUGGCUACACCUGCAAUCCCUGUAGCUCCGAACGUCUGCACUGCGCGUCGACUAUUAUUCAACAUUCAGUGGUGCUUAUCCACGCGUUGGAUCACAGUACAGCAGGGUAUCAGGCUGCUGAGUGUGUGGCCUGCAGCUUUUUCGACCUCCCGCUGCGACUUGGUCUGCACCAUCUUCGAUCGAGUCACGGAUCUACACAACUUCAGUGGCGUCUUGUCCGCCCUCACUGAUGAAGAAGCUGCUCAGGCGCUGUAUCGUUUGGGGAUGCUGAAUGUGUUGACCCCACUAUGGCCCGAUAAUUACUACGAGCUUGCUCUCGCGCGCUACGAGGAGCGGGAGGUGGCCAAGGCGCUAGUGCGACUCGCCAUCGAUGAACCGGGUGAGAACUGGCAGAGGGAAACUUUCGGCUGGAGUCGAGACGAGAAAAUCCCAGGCUGGGAGCUCAACUACUCGUGGCUCAAGGACGGCGGGUUCCCUGAGAAGGGCUACCUCAGUCUUGAGUACUAUUCGGGCGCCGACAAAGGCUGUGGCCCGGUGUGGCCAACGCGCCGCGAGCUGGCAGCUUAUACCCUAUGCGGAUUGCCAGAUAAUAUCGACGCGUUCGAGAUGCAGAUCGACUCGCUCAGUAUGCGGAACUUGGUGCAACGACAACAGUAG